AUGGCUUCUACCAGCAAUUAUGAAGAGCUUCCUGGCUGCCUGGGGAGGCUAGCAGAAGGUUCCAACUCCAGUCCUAGUAGCAGCGACAAGGUGCAUAGGCUUAAAGUUAAAGUCAUCAUUAACAUUCUGAGGCACUUUCUGCAGUUCUCUUUGAAGUGGCAUAUAGAAGACAACAAUGUACGAGUUCGGUUGAACCAAAUUAUGGAUGGUAUUCACGAAGUCAUUCAGGACUGUCAGCUGCAUGAUUCAAACACAAGUCAGGUCGCAGGAAAUGAAGAUUGCAGAUCGUCAAGGUCAAACCAUGAAUCCGUGGUUUCUCAUUUGAAAAAAGUGAAGGACAUUAAGCCAGUUAUGCUGGAAAUCUGCUCAAUUGCUGAUGUAACCACCUUCGGAAAAAGGGACACUUUCAGAUCUAUUAAAACCAAAAAUACGUUUUUGUCCCUCAAAAAUUUUCCAAGAAGCAUGAUGCCGUCCCUGAUCAACUCUCAGAUCGCCAGAAGACUGGAGUUCUGCACUUUGAAUGUGGUAAGCUUUGUUGACUCUCUCCUAGAUAAUCUGAAAGAUAUAUUAAGCCACAAUGCUGACCUUGUUACUCCAGUUGAGGAACAAAUUGGAGGCCUUGAAUGCAAGCUGAGAUUUUUCAGAAAUUUUCUUUGGUUUAUAGCUAACCGGUGCAUUAAGCAAAGGAAACUGACAGAUCUCCGACUGUACACUGAAAAUUUGGCAGUAUAUGUGGCUUGUCUAAUUUACUUCUGUUUGGUGGAUGACAAAAUGCAUGAAAACAUGGUACAAGAAAUGAAAACUAAGCUUGUAGAUUUGGUAGAGAAGAUCAAUCCGCUUAAGCCCGAGGCAAGAAAAAUUUAUCUAGGAGCCUUGAAAACUUCGAAAAAAUCACAUGAUGGUAGCCCAAUCAUUGAUCAACAAUAUCUGGCAUUUGUUGAUUAUCUCAUUGACAAUCUAAGGGAGGUGUCCAGAAAUCAGGCCCUUUUCCUUUUUGCUGAAGAGGAUCAAAUGGAGAUCCUACUUGAUGAGCUGAAAUUAUUGAGAUUGAGUCUCAUGGAUCCACCACUUUAUGAAGACUCAGAUAACGUCAGAGCACUUACGGUUCAGAUAAAAGCUGUCAUGAACAAGAUUGGACAUUCCUUUUACUUUUUCUACUUGAGCGAGAUCAACAAAGACAUGGCUGGGCAGCUAAAUCUUGUACUGUCAGGUAUUCUCAAAGACAUUGAACGCGUCAAGGGUCAAGCCGCAGAUUGCUUUGAUAAAUUCAUAAUGAAAUCAUGGAGAUCCAACUUCCCCAGAACUAAUGAACCAGGCUUCAUUGAGUUUCUGAUGAAGAAACUUAAGGAGCAACUGCACCAUGAAGAAUCACAAAUUCGGCCAUUCAAGCAUCAAAUUGGUGUAGCAUGUGAAGAACUAGAGUCCCUCAGAAUAGAUAUUACUGAAAUUGGCAAGCAGUUGAAUCAUAACGAAGAGCUGAAUGUUCUCCUGGAACUUUAUAAAGAUAUCUCAUACCAGGCUGAGUAUAUUGUGGAUUCAUUAGAAGCCGAAGCAGGUUCUCUCUGGUGCCAUAAGUUGGGACUAUUUAAUGUCAUUAAGGAGAUUAGGCAUAUUCAUAAAAGGUUAAAAGCUAUCAGGAAGGAGGAGAUCAGCAAUGACACUCCUGCUCCUGUUUUAGCACAAGCAAACUUUCCAAACAUUGAGGCGAUGCCAGACUAUGAGAAUGAUGUAGGACAGAAAACAGAGGAGACUACUAUACAACUAGUUGGUUUUGAAGUUGCAGCAGAAAAGAUAAAGGAACAGCUUACUAGAGGAUCAAAUCAGCUGAAUAUUCUCACAAUUGUUGGCAUGCCAGGAAUAGGUAAAACAACUCUUGCCAACUCAUUGUAUAAAGAUCAUUCAGUUUCCUUUUCUUUCCAUACUCAUGCCUGGUGCUGUGUUUCCCGAGUUUAUCACAAGCAAACCUUGUUACUUGAAAUAUUGGGCCAAAUCAACAGGAACUUUAACCGAAACCCUGGAGUUGCUGGCAAAGACUAUGUUGAGAUGCUCUACAAAAGUUUAAAGGGAAAGAGGUAUCUUUUGGUGAUAGAUGAUAUAUGGGACAUUGAGGCAUGGAAUGAUCUGAAGGAAGUUUUUCCUGAUGACCAUAAUGGAAGCAGGAUUUUAUUUACAACGCGGAACUAUAAUAUAGCUCUGAAAGCAAACAGUGUUCCCUAUGCUCUUUCUCCUCUCUCAGAUGAAGAGAGUUGGCAAUUAUUAUGCAUCAAGGUUUUUGAGGAAGAAAUGUGCCCAUCAGAACUUUUGCAAGUCGGAAAGAGGAUUGCAAAAAUUUGCAAAGGAUUACCACUUUCUGUGGUCUCAGUUUCUGGAACUCUAAAAGCAAUAGAGAGAGAACAGGAUAGAUGGGAACAGGUUGCAGAAAGCCUGUGGUUGAAAGAACCUAACAACCCAUUAGGCCAGCAUUCUGGCAUAUUGGAACUUUGCUAUCACCAUUUACCAAAUUUCUUGAAGCCGUGCUUCCUCUAUUUUGGAGGAUUUCGAGAGGAUGCCGUGAUUCCAGUGUCCAAGCUCCUUUGGUUAUGGAUUGCAGAAGGAUUUAUCCAUCAAACAAACCCAAGCCAGAAAAGCUUAAAGAAUGAAGCAGAGAAUUUUUUGAACGAUCUAAUUGACAGAAACCUUGUGAUGGUUGCAGAAAGAAGUUCCAGAGGUAGAGUCAAAUCAUGCCAUGUUCAUGAUCUUUUACAUGAUUUUUGCUUGGCAAAAUCUGAAGAAGAAAAUUUCCUGCUUCACAUGAAAAGGUAUGAUCAACGCUUGACUACUUCUGCAGAUUCUGUAAUGCAUCAAGCAUAUCGUUUGUGCAUACAUUCUGACAAGUAUGUUGUUCCCCCGGGGCCUUUACGUGCUCGGUCUUUGUUCUUCUGGUCGUUCUUGUUAAAUGAUCGUUCUUCGAUGCUUACUUGUGCCUUACAAUUUAGACUACUCUGGGUGUUGGACUUGAGCCAUAUUCACGUUGUUAGUGGAGUUGAUGAGCAGGACUUUAUUAAGAUCACUAACUUGGUUCAUUUGAGAUACUUAGCAAUCUGGAUUGGCUGUCAAUCUAUUCCAUCUGAGAUAGAGAACCUCCAGAACCUGGAAAGUUUGAUUUUAAUGAAGAGUUCAACCCGUUAUUUUUCUAUCAAAUUACCAGACACUAUUUGGAACCUGGUAAAUUUGAGGCAUCUCAAUGUGAGGAAAAACGAUUAUGAGUUGGUCUGCUUUUAUUUACCAUAUUUAACAGAUCAUUUCUGGGACCUCCGGCUGGAUAAGUUAGAAUCUAUAUCCACUAUAGAGGUUUACUCUGGCUAUGUGUUUGAGCAUCUCAUGAGUGUGACACCCAACCUACGAAAAUUAUCAUGCAUGCUCAGAGGCCCUUGCUUUCCUUCAAUUAGUGAGUUGAAUCAGGUUGAAGAACUCAAUUUAUGUUUUUGGUUUGAGGUGGAACAUCCAUUGCAGUUCAAUUCUGCAUCAAAUCUCAAGAAACUGACUCUGUCUAAUAUGCGCCGACCAUGGGAUGAAAUUUCAUUCAUUGGGGAGCUACCAAAUCUUGAGGUUCUCAAAUUAAACGAAGGAGCAUUUGUGGGGCGACAAUGGGACAUGGCAGAAGGGGGAUUCCAGAAACUCAAAUUCUUGAAGUUGUGUAAGCUAGACAUUCAAGUAUGGAAUGCCUCCGCUGACGACCUUCCCUGCCUUGAGAGACUUGUAUUGCAUGGUUGUUUGUCUCUCUGGGAAAUCCCUUCUUCAGCUUUAGCAGAAAUGAGCACUCUCCAGUCAAUCGAGAUUAUAAAGUGCAUGAGUCCUGUAUGGCAAUCUGCCAUGCAGAUUCUCAAUGAACAACAUGAGAUGGGAAAUGAUGAGUUCAAAGUCUCUUUCUUUCGUUAG